ACGUCUACGUUGUCAGUACGUGCGAUGAGAGUCGUGCAGCGUGCAUCAUGUUGUAUCACCUGUUGCUGCAGACAGUAAAGACACAACAGUCAGCAGGUGUGUCACCCGGUCAGCCUCACCUCCUGCAUUAUCGUCUUUAUGACGUUAAUGACGUGGAGAAGGCCUUCAACUACUUGUCACAGGCGGCGAGCGGAGGGUCGUUGUACGUCAUCGUUGAUGAAGUGAGUGGAAUCAAGAACUUUCAGACUUUGUAUGAGAAGCUGCUGACACGAGUUCCUCGUCUCCAUCUGUGGGCGGCAAGUUAUUUCCACCAAAACGCACCCGCCGGCUGGCAAGUGGAAUAUUUAACCAGACCCCUCCGCUCUCCACCAACCGUCGUCAGGGAAGUCGAGCAGGACGAGAUGAUCACUACAGACCGUCAUGUCCUACGGUACAGUGAGCGAGGUGUGCCCGACCACACAGACGGCCCGCCAGUCAGACGACUGUAUCACCGAGGUCACAGUGACUCAGGUCGAUUUCCAGAAGAUUGUGUGACGUGCGGUCGUGAGGUGGCCAGCUUCCUACAAAGUCUCCGUGUUGGUGUUACAGAGAACAGCACCACAACAUCUACAGCAUUGACCUCCACCAACGGCGCCACAACACCACCCUGUAUACAGUGGAGAGACGUGCUGGUGUUGUCCUUGGGUAACUUUACUGUCAAAUCGGGUAUGGUGACAGGACUGCAAGAAGCGGGUAUCCCAGUGCAAAUAAUGGAGGAUGACUACAUCGAGGACUUGGCCACGGCCCGCAGUGACGUGGUGUGGAUGACGCGUGGACAUUAUAUUCGUGGUCUAGAGAGAAAAGUCGUCGUGUGUAUCGUCGAACGUGAUUUACAAGAUUUGAAAGUAGAACGGAUGCACCCUUUACAUAUCCGACUUAACCUCAUGUCCCGCUGUACGUCACAACUUGUUCUUAUCUACCCUGACAGGUUGACACCUGAAGGUGACUGACACUGACACUGACACACCUGUCACCUGCUGUAGUUGUGUGUCAGUCUCUUUCAUCAACAAUUGUCUUCAUCAACAAUUUCCUUCUCCUGAUUUGUGGACCUGUGUUUGUGAGUGGUGUUCAUGCGCUUUGCAGCAGCAGAUCGUUCGCUCACAAUUGUGGUCCUUUUUAGCCGUCGGAUCGUUUGAUACUGUAUAGGUUUUGAUGUGAACUUUCCUUUUGGUUUUCUGCAGCUGCUAAUGUGGAUUUUAUUGGUGUACUUUUAUGUACAAUUUCGGCGAAUUGAGCGUUUCUCCAUGAUACGGAUUUUGCGUGUUAUAAAACCCACAUCAUCAUCAUCAUCAUCAUCAUCAUCAUCAUCAUCAUCAUCAUCAUCGUCAUCGUCAUCGUCAUCGUCAUCAUCAUCAUCAUCAUCAUCAUCAUCAUCAUCAUCAUCAUCGUCAUCGUCAUC